ACGUCAGGCAUUCAGGUUUGGUGGUUUCUGGUUUGGUGUGUUUAGUUUUAUGCUCAGUUUAUGGACAAGUCUCACAUUUUCAGGACUGUGAAAGGAAGUGAUUACUAACUGGACCUACAAGCUUGUGUGUUUGCCUUUAAACAAGUCUAAAGUGUGAUUAUUUUGCCAAAACUGAAAGUGAAACUAAGUGAGAAUAGAGAGAAUAACAACGACAGGGAAAAUGACUUCUAAGUAUCUCUGCAGUCUGCAUAGUGAGAAACUAAACCUCUUCUGUCUGAAUGAUCAAGAGCCAGUGUGUCUGGUGUGUCGGGAUUCAAGAAAACACACUGACCACAAAUUCUUCCCCACUGAUGAAGCAGUAACAGACUGUAAGGAGGAGCUCAAAACUGCACUGACGCCCCUACAGGAGAAACUGAAGAUCUUUAAAGACUGUAAACUGAACUGGAGUCAGUCUGCAGAACACAUAAAGAUUCAGGCCCAACACACAGAGUGGCAGAUUAAGGAGGAGUUUGAGAAGCUUCACCAGUUUCUACGAGAUGAAGAGGCAGCCAGGAUCGCUGCACUGAGAGAAGAAGAGGAGCAGAAGAGUCAGAUGAUGAAGGAGAAGAUUGAGAAACUGAGCAGAGACAUAUCAUCUCUUUCAGACACGAUCAGUACCAUAGAAGAGGAGAUGAGAGCUGAUGAUGUCUUGUUCUUACAAAACUACAAGGCCACAGUGAAAAGAGCCCAGUGCACACUGCAGCAUCCAGAGGAGCUUUCAGGAGCACUGAUCCAUGUGGCAAAACAUCUGUCCAACCUGAGGUUCAGAGUCUGGGGGAAGAUGCAGGACGCUGUCCAAUACACACCUGUAACUCUGGACCCCAACACUGCUCAUCCUAAACUCAUUGUAUCUGAUGAUCUGACUAGUGUGAGACGCAGUGAUGAGGAACAGAAACUUCCUGAUAAUCCAGAGAGAUUUAAUGAAAUUGCAUGUAUCCUGGGCUCUGAGGGCUUUAACUCAGGGACACACUGCUGGGAUGUCAAAGUGGGAGACAGUACAGUGUGGGCUGUAGGCGUAAUGACAGAAUCUGCUCAGAGAAAGGGUAAGAUAAACUCCAAAAGUGGACUCUGGUAUAUGAGAUAUCACGAUGGCACAUAUAGAGCAUGUUCUACACCAGAGCUAUCUACUCCUGUCUCAGUAGCACAGAAACUCCAGAGGAUCAGAGUGCAGCUGGACUGGAAUGAAGGAAAGCUGUCAUUCUCUGACCCUCUCACUAACACACACAUACACACUUUCACACACACAUUUACUGAAAAAUUACUGCCACUUAUAAAUGUUGUUAAUGAAGUGUCUCCUCUGAAGAUCCUCUCACUUCAGUGCUCUGUAAGAGUGAAUCAGUUCAGUUAGAGCCACUUGAUUCAAUAAUUAAACAAUGUUUAAAUGCAUUUUAUUUAGGACUUUUAAUGAAUUAAGGCUUACAACAGGAGAAUGCAACAGUUGAUGUUGAUAUCAGUGGGUUGCUGGCUUAAUGCAGUUAUUGCAAGCAUGGGAUAUGCAACUACUUUAAGACUGUUCCAAUACUUUUUCUCACCUAAAAGUGUGGUGAUCUGCAACCAAAGGUGCCAUGUUUUAAGUUGUUUAACACAUCUAGAUGUAAAUGUCAGGAAAUGAAAGCUGAAAUUCUGAUCUAUCAUCUCAUAUUCAUCUUCUGAUGUCAAACUCAAAUGUCUUCAGUGCAUAGCAAAAACAAAAUAAUUUGCUCAUUUUAUAUUAUCUUAUGGUCAUAUACAUAUUUUUAUUUAGGAACUGAUAAAUAAAAACAUAGAAUAGGAAGGUGUGUAUGAGAGUGUGUGUACUGUGCAGUUUUGUGGUUAGUGAAUCAUUUAUCUUAGAAUGGGAAGAAUGGGAAACUUUAUCCCAUAUCCAUUUGGUGAACCCUGUUGCCUUGUCUCAGAUAUUGCCUGAGGCCAAACUAUUUUUGACAUCAAAACUUGGUCAUUAUUUAUUCUCAGUUAAUUAUUGAUGUUUAAUAAUUCAGAUUUAAUUCAUUAAAAUUUAGGUAAAUUUAAAAUAAAUAAUGAGACAAAAUUAUUUAAUGAGACUGAUUAAUUUAGUAAGUUUUUUACACCACAGCACUGGCAUUGCUAGUAUAUACCUUACAUUCCUGGUUCUCGUUAAGAAAGAGGCACAAAAAUCCCUAAAAUUUCUGGUUUGCCCUAUAAAGAGUUCCACAAAAUCAAAAAAAAAAAACACUGUGACAUUAGAGUAGAGGAAAAUUGCAACUAUGCAAAAAGAAUCCCCGGACACUUUCUAGACAACAAACACACAGUAUAUGUCAGAACACUCAAGAAAACUCUGUCCAGAGGUAACCUGCAGAAAGCUGCUGGGUCCUGGGGACAGACCUGGAUGGGUGCCCAUGCUAUGUGCUAUAUACACUGAUCAGCCAUAACAUUAUGACCACUGACAGGUAAAGUGAAUAAUAUUGAUUAUCUUGUUACAAUAGCACCUGUCAAGGGUUGAGAUAUAUUAGGCAGCAAGUGACCAGUCGGUUCUCGAAGUUGAUGUGUUGGAAAAAGGAAAAAUGGGCAAGCGUAAGGAUUAGAGAGACUUUGACAACAGCCAAAUUGUGAUGGCUAGAUGACUGGGUCAGAGCAUAUUUAAAACGGCAGGUCUUGUGGGGUGUUCCCGUUAUGCAGUGGUUAGUACCUACCCAAAGUGGUCCAAGGAAGGAUAACCAGUGAAUUAGCGACAGGGUCAUGGGCGCCCAAGGCUCACUGAUGCGCGUGGGGAGUGAAGGCUAGUCCGUCUGGCCUGAUUCCACAGAAGAGCUAUUCUAGCACAAAUUGCUGAAAAGUUAAAGCUGGCUAUGAUAGAAAAGUGUCAGAACACACAGUGCAUCGCAGCUUGCUGUGUAUGGAGCUGUGUAGCCACAGACCUGUCAGAGAGCCCUUGCUGACCCCUGUCCACUGCCAAAAGUGCCUACAAUGGACAGGUGAGCAUCAGAACUGGACCACGGAGCAAUGGAAGAAGGUGGCCUGGUCCGAUAAAUCACAUUUUCUUUUACAUUAUGUGGAAAGCCAGGUGCGUGUGCAUUGUUUACCUGGGGAAGAGAUGGCACCAGCAUGCACUAUGGGAAGAACGCAAGCUGGUUCAAGAUGACUACUCUCACCCCGUGCCAAAGAAAUUGUGUCCUGCCUCAAAGCCAGCAGUACUCACACUAAUCAUCAUGCUUUGAAAGGCUAGACAUGAAACACAAAGUCUUCCCACCACAUUGGACCCAUUUCAGUUCACCGUAAAUGGUCUACAGAGUCACCUGUCACUGACCCACCUGGUUUAUAUGAGAAUGCUGUUUAUAAACAAUCAUCGUGCAGCAACUUAUAGGAAAGCUCAGCCUGCUGGGUUUGAACCUAGUCCAUCAGGAUCAGCAACACCACCUCUAGCAGCACCACACUGAACACUGGUGCUGGCACUGUACACGAUCCCUCCCACCCAACAGACUCUUCACUCUCCUGCCAUCUGAACGUACUGAAGCACCUUCCCUGAGAUAGUCAUAAUAUUCAACUCAUUCAUUCCCCCAACAUCCACCUGGACAAAUCAAAACCCUUCCCAGCAGCCACCCUAGAAUGAACAUCACUGCACCUCACUCUCACUCACUUUCAGUAACUGAUUUAUCCUGAUCAGGGUUGCUGUGGAUCUGAGACUAUCCUGGUAACACUGGGGGCAAGGCACUAGUGUGUAGACGAGAUCUCAGCCACAGGACACAAUGCACACACAUUCACUGACACAUAGGGGAAAUUUAUCAUAGCCAAUCCACCAAUUGGCAUGUUUUUUUUCGGAGGAAACCAGUGAACCUGGAGGAAACACACAAGUGCACAGUGAAAACAUGCACAGAAACGCCACAGAGACAGUAACCUGAGGUCAGGAUUGAACAGGGCACCCUGGAGCAGUGAGGUGAUAAAUGUUACCUGCUGCACCACCAGCCCAUCCACCCUGAUUUCUGUGACAUAUAAUAAUGUGUGAUUGUCUGUUUCAUUUCUUGAGCGCAAAUAUGUUUUUUUGUUUCUCACUGCUAAUUAUGUGUGUGCACUUGAACAGCAAAGUUGCUGAUCAGAACCUCAAUGCAAAAAUAAAAUCUCUUGUCAAAAUUGUUGACCCGA